AUGCUGCUGGGCCGGGCAUCCCGGUUCCUCUUGGUCCUACUGUUUGUAGCUUAUUUCACUUCAGGCAAUGGCAACGAAGGCAGCAAGGUUGGAAGUUGUCUCUGCGAUCAUAGAGUCUCUUCCUAUUCCCCCCGAAACGAGCAACUCAUGGGAAAUCUCCGAAAAUACCUGAAGGCAUAUCAGCGCUGUAUUUCCUACGUCAGGUUCCAGCUACCCUACAGAAAUGUAUGUGGAGGCAGCACUGACCGCUGGGUUCAGGAACUGAUGCGCUGCUUUGAUAGUGGAGAAUGUGGACAUGCUCAAGCUAGGGUGGUGGCUGGCCACGGGGAUGCACCUCUUCGCAGCACCCAGCUUCCUGAGCCCACAGAAGCGGCACCUUCAGACAUAGUCACCACUUCCAGGACGUACCUGCCAUCCACCCUGCAGCGUACCCAGCAACCCACCCCUCUGGAAGGAGCUCUGUCCUUGGACAGCAAGCUCAUCCCCACCCAUGAAACUACCACAUACACUUCGGGCCACAGUCUGGGGGCAGAGCCUGAGGCUAGGGAGAACCAGAAGCAGCUGAAAGAAAAAGUGGGUCCUGCAGCUGGGACAUCAGCCUUGGUGCCUGUGCUGUCCCUCUUGGCCAUCAUUUUCUUCCUCACUGGGGUCCUACUCUACGUGGUGUGCAAGCGGAGGAGGAAGCAGUCCCUGAAGCAUCCCCCAGAUCCUGAAGCUUCAUUAUACUUAUACACCUGCAGCAGAUGA